AUGGCAACGGCAAAAAUCACGUUGCCAGAAGACCUGGGUUCGAAGUCUCUACUUAUGUUUGACGACUUGGUUUCCAAAGGGAAGCUAUUCUACAGCGAAUCUAAAAGCGACAUUGUCUCCCACAACGGCUUCGAGUUCGAGUUCCGCAUUAGUCCAGCUUUGAAAAGAAAGCCGUAUCUGGAGCGAGAUGAUCCCAAGCGUACGGCAGACAAGGGGCCGUUUCUGACCCCAGAUCCCGACUUCGUUGUUGCGCAACCUCAGACGCAAGACCUCAACUUCGUUGACGUUGAGGCUGCACGUGCCGUGAUGAUUGCACUCAAGCCAACUCUGGGGCCCCAACUGAUGAUCUAUAAUUGCGGCGUCGACGCCGGAUCAUCUCAGGGUCAUAAGCAUGUGCAGAUUUUUCCUCAGCCGACUCACUUCUCACUGUAUCCUCAGAAGGCGACGUCUGAAAAUGGUAAGAGACAAAUCAAUUCGACCAUUGCUGGGGUUCCCAACCUACAUUUCGUAUUGCGAUUACCCCAGGCAGCGACCCAUGAGCAGGCCUGCCACAGUCUUGAAAGACUAGUAUCCGCAGCAAGAGAAAUUGCAACAAAUUAUGGGGAACGAAGUGACUAUAACGUUAUCAUGGCUGAGGACUGGAUAUGUGUGGUGCCGCGGCGACUUGUUGGGAAGGACGGAGUGGGAGCGAAUGGUGCUGGCAUGGUAGGUCUGGUGUGGCUCCGAGACCAGACAGAGAGGGACGGUUGGGACUCUUUUGGUUUAACAGAUCAUCUUGUUCAACUUGGUGUAUCAAGAACCUGUGUACCAAGAAGAUUUAAUAGCAGUGCGAGAAUACCAAAAUAG